AUGCCAUCCCACUCUCCUGUGAGCCAAAGCGAAGUCAACACCUACUCCUUGGACACCUCCGUCUCCUCACCAGAUGACCACUUCCCAGACCUGCACCCAUCAGAGCCCUUGUCCUUGGUCAUCCGCGCCAGUAAUGGCAAGUCUAAGCGCAACAGGUCCGACAAGAUCAAUGUGUCCACCAUUGUGAAACCCGAUGAGCUGGAGGUCUUCUACGCCCGGUACGCAGACGUUUGUAAGGCUGGAAUGACGGCCCUGAAACCGCGUGAUAGGAGCAGAAAGAAGGAGAAGGCCAAGGCCAAGAAGAAGAAAGCUGUUGCUUAG